GUUGUGUGAGAGACCUGGUAAAAAUACUUUAGUCUGGACAAAUAUCGUGACUUAUAUAGACAAUAUGUCUCGAGGAUCCAUUGAGAUUCCUCUUCGGGACACUGACGAGGUGAUUGAGCUUGAUUUUGACCAGCUCCCUGAAGGAGAUGAAGUCAUCAGUAUUCUGAAACAGGAGCACACACAGUUGCACAUAUGGAUUGCACUGGCUUUGGAGUAUUACAAGCAAGGAAAGACGGAGGACUUUGUCAAGCUGCUGGAGGCGGCCCGCAUAGAUGGAAAUCUCGAUUAUAGAGAUCAUGAGAAGGAUCAGAUGACCUGUCUGGACACCUUAGCUGCCUAUUAUGUUCAGCAAGCCCGCAAAGAGAAGAAUAAAGAUGCCAAAAAGGACCUUAUCAACCAGUCCACUCUUCUCUACACAAUGGCUGACAAGAUCAUCAUGUAUGAUCAGAACCACUUACUGGGAAGAGCUUGCUUUUGUCUGCUGGAAGGAGAUAAGAUGGAUCAGGCAGAUGCACAGUUCCACUUUGUUUUGAACCAGUCAACAAACAACAUCCCGGCGCUCCUGGGUAAGGCUUGCAUCUCCUUCAAUAAGAAAGAUUACAGAGGAGCCCUGGCCUAUUACAAAAAGGCCCUUCGCACAAACCCUGGCUGUCCAGCCGAGGUAAGGCUAGGAAUGGGCCACUGCUUUGUCAAGCUCAACAAGCUGGAGAAAGCUCGACUUGCCUUCAGCCGUGCCCUGGAGCUGAACUCAAAGUGUGUCGGGGCACUGGUGGGUUUGGCUGUGCUAGAGCUCAACAAUAAAGAAGCUGACUCCAUCAAGAACGGAGUGCAGCUGCUCUCCAGGGCUUACACCAUUGACCCUAGCAAUCCUAUGGUGCUUAACCAUCUAGCCAAUCACUUUUUCUUCAAAAAGGACUACAGCAAAGUGCAGCAUCUGGCCCUGCAUGCUUUCCACAACACAGAAGUAGAAGCUAUGCAAGCUGAGAGCUGCUAUCAGUUAGCUCGCUCCUUUCACGUUCAGGAGGAUUAUGACCAAGCCUUUCAGUACUACUACCAGGCCACUCAGUUCGCAUCCUCUACCUUUGUGUUGCCCUUUUUCGGCCUGGGUCAGAUGUAUGUGUACCGCAGAGACAAAGAAAACGCUGCACAGUGCUUUGAGAAGGUCUUGAAGGCUUACCCUAACAACUAUGAAACUAUGAAAAUUCUUGGAUCCCUUUACGCCACAUCAGAUGACCAGGAGAAAAGAGAUAUUGCCAAAGGCCAUCUUAAAAAAGUCACCGAGCAAUAUCCUGAUGAUGUGGAAGCUUGGAUUGAACUUGCUCAGAUACUGGAGCAGACAGACAUCCAGGGCGCUCUGUCUGCGUAUGGCACCGCCACUCGUAUCCUGCAGGAGAAGGUUCAGGCAGACGUCCCUCCUGAGAUCCUCAACAAUUUAGGAGCAUUACACUUCAGACUGGGAAACCUUGGAGAAGCCAAAAAAUACUUCCUGGCUUCCCUGGAGAGAGCUAAAGCUGAGGGUGAACAUGAUGAGCAUUACUACAACGCCAUCUCUGUCACCACCUCCUACAACCUGGCCCGCCUCUAUGAGGCCAUGUGUGAGUUUCACGAGGCAGAGAAGCUCUACAAGAACAUCCUGAGAGAACAUCCCAACUACGUAGACUGUUACCUUCGUCUUGGAGCAAUGGCACGUGACAAAGGGAAUUUCUAUGAAGCUUCAGACUGGUUCAAAGAAGCUCUUCAGAUCAACCAGGAUCACCCAGAUGCCUGGUCCCUUAUUGGAAACCUUCACUUGGCCAAGCAAGAGUGGGGUCCGGGGCAGAAGAAGUUUGAGCGCAUCUUGAAACAGCCUUCUACUCAGAAUGAUACCUAUUCUAUGCUUGCACUUGGGAAUGUGUGGCUUCAGACCCUACACCAGCCUACCAGGGACAGAGAGAAGGAAAAGCGACAUCAGGAUCGAGCACUGGCAAUAUACAAACAAGUCUUGAGGAAUGAUGCCAAGAACCUCUAUGCUGCCAAUGGCAUUGGGGCUGUUUUGGCUCAUAAGGGAUAUUUCCGUGAAGCCCGCGAUGUGUUUGCCCAAGUCCGAGAGGCUACUGCAGACAUCAGUGAUGUGUGGCUUAAUUUGGCACAUAUCUAUGUGGAGCAGAAACAAUACAUCAGUGCUGUUCAGAUGUAUGAAAACUGCUUGAAAAAAUUCUACAAGCAUCAGAACACGGAAGUUUUGCUCUACCUCGCUCGUGCACUCUUCAAAUGUGGCAAACUGCAGGAAUGUAAACAGACCUUACUGAAGGCGCGACACGUUGCUCCCAGUGACACAGUGUUGAUGUUUAAUGUGGCACUGGUGCUACAGAGACUGGCCACACUCGUCUUGAAGGAUGAGAAGAGCAACCUGAAAGCUGUGCUGAGUGCGGUGAAGGAGCUUGAGUUGGCUCACAGGUACUUCAGCUACCUCAGCAAGGCAGGAGACAAAAUGAGGUUUGAUCUUGCACUUGCUGCCUCAGAAGCCAGGCAGUGCUCUGAUUUGCUCAGCCAAGCCCAGUACCACGUGGCCCGUGCCCGCAAACAGGACGAGGAGGAGAAGGAGCUCCGUGCCAAACAGGAGCAAGAGAGAGACUUGCUACGACAACAGAUGCUCAAAGAACAGGAGGAGAGGAAGAGCAAGGAGGCAGAGGAGCAGAGGAAGCUGCUCGAGCAAAGAGCCCAGUUUGUAGAGAAGACCAAGAAUCUCCUGACCUUUGUAGACAGCAUGAAAGAGACUCAAAAGGAGAAGAGGAAAGGUGGUGGAGGUGGGCGGCGGAAGAAAGGAGGCGACUAUGACGACUUUGUCAAUGAUGACUCUGAUGAGGAGCUGCCUGUCAAGAAGAAGAAGAAGAAGAAGGGGGGUAGUGGUAGUGAACAGGAGGAAGAAGGUGAAGAUGGAGAAAAGAAACCCCGUAAGAAAAGGAGAAGACCUGUCAAAGGAGGAGAUAGUGAUGAUGAGGAAGGGGGUUCAAGACCCAAGAAAAAUCGCAAACCCAAAGAGCGCAAGUUUGAAAAGCCGAAGCCUGAGCGUAUGCCGCCAUCUCUCAAAGGAAAGAUUAAAUCCAAAGCCAUCAUUUCAUCUUCUGAGUCCUCGUCAGAUGAGGAUGGCCUAAAAAUUGCUGAGGACAGAAACCCCAGAGACAGUGGCUCAGGAUCCGAUGAUGCCGCUGGCCACAGGAAGCGCAUUGCAUCCGACAGUGAAUCUGACGAGGAACGCAACCGCACAGGCAGCGAGGCCGGUAGCCCCCGGCGUUCUGGAAACUCUGACGAGGAUGAGUCGGGCAGUGAGCGGGCGGUGAAGAGAAGGAGAGUUCAGAGGCAGUCCGACUCGGAGCAGUCAGAUAACGAGAGCAAGAGGAGCCGUUCAGAAGGAUCAGAAGAUGAGUCCCAGCCUGGAUCUCCUGCUGCAGCCUCCGAGCGAGGCUCGGAGAAUGAGGGCUCUCCACAGCGCUCCGAUAACGAGUCCGAACCGGAGGGCUCCAACAACGAGGCCUCCAACAACGAGGCCUCCAACCGUGGUUCAGAUGACGACAGCGACUAGUGACCGAAGCUGUUUGAAAAGAAUGAAAUGUAAUAUGUAAUUUUGUCAUGAACAAAUAGUUAGGCUCCGAAAAUGGCAACUAUCUUUGUUCUUUUGUAGCUAUCUUGUCUCUUUUUUUUCCUUUUUGGACACCUUUUUAAGACAGUAAUAAGAUUACUGAUGCAUUGAAGUCUUUAUUUGCUUGUGGUGAUGUUGAUUUGGGAUGUAUUUGCAGGGAAGAGGAAGGGUAUGUUUUAAUAAGUAAAAUGAACCUCUUGAAAUGAACCUCUGCUCCUUUGUUAUGUGUUUAUUAUUUCAGAAAAUUUAAUUGCUAUUUAGUUCAGAAAGAUUUAAGUGGUUGAACAGUUGGUCAAAGUAUACACUUUACCUGGACUGCAA